AUGGCUCAUGGCAUUCAGCAGACUGCAGUAAGACAAGCUCAUCGCAAGUCUGAGCCCAACUUCCAUGAUAAAUAUGGAAACCUGGUUCUCCUUGGUGGAGCUGGAGUUUUUACUACCAUCUGGGCAUAUGUGCUCACACAACUUAGAAUUGAGUGGGGCUUGUCACCUGUUGGCAGAAUCACCCCGAGAGAGUGGAGGGAGUAA